UUAAAAGCGAAAGAGAGAUUGAGAAAGAGAUACGUAUAUUUCUUUCUUUUUUUUAAUGUUAUUAUUAAUAUUUUAAUGGCUAUAGUAGAAUGGCGAUUUUGUUCUUUUAUGUUUUUUUUGUUUUAUUCCACCACGGUUUUUUUGGUGUUGUUACUAUUGGAUUAUUAGUGGUGGAGGGAGAUCCAGUCACAUUAAACACUUACGUUGAAACAAAGGAACAAGAAGAGAUUAAAUGGUAUUUUAGUGACAUUCGAAUAGCUGAAAUCAGUGGCGAUCUCAGUGAUAUCUGUACAGAUGUUCAGUGUAAUGACGGCACUGAGACAUUCAGAGACAGACUGAAGCUGGAUCAUCAGACCGGAUCUCUGACCAUCACGGACACCAGAACCACAGACUCUGGACUCUAUGAACUAAAGAUCAUCAGCAGCUCCGGCUUCAGUGAAAAGACCUUUAAUGUUACCGUUUACGGUGUUUCUGCUUCUGAACAAGAUGAAAAAUUGGUAAAGGAGGGCGAAUUUCUCACUUUAGAUCCCGGUCAAGUAAGACAACCAAACGAGAUAAUGAGAUGGUAUCAUAACGGCGUUCGUAUCGCUGAAAUCACUGGAUAUCUGAGUCAGGUCUGUUCAGAGGAUGAGUGCAAAGAGAGAUUCGGAGACAGGCUGAAGCUGGAUCUUCAGACUGGAUCUCUGACCAUCAUGAACACCAGAAAAACGGACUCUGGAGUUUACUCUCUAAAGAUCGGCAGAAACUUCCAACGCGGCGGCAGCAGUGCAACCAGUGUGAAGAGCUUUGGUGUUACUGUUACUGUUCCAGAUUCAGGUCAGUCCUCAACUGCUCCAGCAGGAAUAGCUGUUUUUGUCUGCUUUUGGCUGCAGCUGUUGUUGUUGCUGUAAUUUACUACCGGAAGCGUCAAGCAAGAGAAGAUGAAUCCAAAUUGAUGCUCCAACCCAGGAGUCCUUAAUGAUUGUGACAUACUGUUGAAUACUACAGAGGGGACGUCCUCUAAUCAGACCGAGACUGCCAGUGAGACACCAAUGUAACGUCUUUUAUGACACUCAUAAUUCCAUUACCGGUCAUGGAAUUUCUGGAAUGUCAUGGAAUUUUAAAAGGUCUAUUCCAUACAUUAGACUUUUUUUGUCCAGGGAAUUUUUUGCUGUUUAAAUUUUAGUUUCCAUUUAUCAAAACUGAAAUUUUCUAUGCAGUUUUUUUUUUAUUGCGUUGUUUCACACAUGCUGUUGUGAGCGUCAUAUUGAAGGCAAACAUGCCACAGUUUCAAUAUAUAAGAGCCAUCACAUGUUCCCCUGUUAAACCUAAAUCGAGCAUUGUGAUACAUCGGCUAAUCAGUCCCUUAACCAACCCACUUCUAAAAUCCUAUACAAAAUAUUUUUCUUUAAAAAAAAACCCCAGAACAAAUGAAUAACAAUAUAAUGCCUGAUCCUCUCUCAAUGCAGCUUACAUUGUUAUGCCAGUAGGUGGCGGCAAGAGACUUUCUUAAUGAGAUGAAACUGAACUUUAUGAUUCACACUGGUGCACUUAUGAACAGAUGUAUUAUAGAA